AUGGCCCGUUCAAGCAUAGAGAGCUCAAGCGCAGACUCCAACCCUGUCACCGACACUGUUACCUACCCUCAGGCGAUUGAACUGCAACCACGCGAGGAUAAUGGCGAGCCUGAACGCAAAUCUGGGCUUUCAGAUUACCCAGCCCGCGAUAUCAAGGGUACCAAAGAAGGCUUCCGGCCCAGCGAUGAAGAAGCAGACUCGAAGCACGACGACCGGCCCAAAGGCCUGCGAUUCGCUCUUCUGUUCUCCUGUUUACUCCUCGGCAAUCUCUUUGUUGGCUAUGAUAGCAGCUGCAUAGUGACCUUGACGCCAGUCAUCACCGAUCAAUUCCAUGCUCUGGAUGACCUUGGGUGGUACAGUGUCGCUUUUCUGCUCGCCCAGUCUGCGACCAUGUUGAUAUACGGACAGCUGUACACCAUCUAUUCGAUGAAGUACAUGUACCUCUUGUCAUGCGCUGUUUUCAUCAUUGGCUCUAUCCUUUGCGCUGCGGCACCAACAUCUCCCGCGUUCAUAGUGGGUCGCGCUCUGAGCGGCCUUGGUGCAGCUGGAGUUCGACUGACCGCGAACGUCAGCAUCCUCGCGCACACGACUUCACUCAAACAUCGGUCCGUGUAUUUCGCCAUCUGCGGCGGUGUCGAGUGCUUCGCCUUAGCUUUCGGGCCCCUACUCAGCGGAUCCAUCGCUCACUACAGCACAUGGCGAAUCAGUUUCUGGAUCGUCGUACCCGUGAGCGUGGUCGCAAUCACCCUGUUGCUCAUCAGUGUCGGCGACUUGCGUUCCUCUACCAAACCUCAGCUCAGCACUAGUGACAGGCUGAAGCGCCUCGAUCUGAUAGGUUUCGCUAUCAACGUACCUAUGACUAUAUGUUUCGUGCUUGGAUUGGUCUGGGCCGGGACGAGCUAUCCAUGGAACAACUGGAGGAUUAUUGUUCUGUUUGCCAUUGCAGCAGCCCUCUUCGCCGCAUUUCUGUUCGCAGAGUAUAAGGCAGGUGAAGAUGGCAUGGUUCCUUACAAAUUGCUCCGUCAGCGAACUGCGGGAUUCGCAACCGUCAUCACCUUUUGCAACUUCGCAAGCCUUUCCGUGGUCUCUUACUAUCUGCCGGUCUAUUUCCAAGCAAUCCGUGGCGCUAACACACUCUCGUCCGGUCUGAUGUACCUACCGUUGGCCGUGUCGAUGGCGGUGACGGCCCUGGCCGGCGGCCCUCUCACUGCUUUCGUGGGUUACGGCAAUCCGGGGUUGAUUAGUGGAGGCGUGCUCAUGUCCGUUGGCGCAGGGCUUAUCACUACGCUUGAACCGAAUACGAGCGCGGCAAAGUGGAUCACCUUUCAGAUCAUCUAUGGCAUCGGGGUUGGACUGGCCUUCCAGCCCCCUUACAUAGCGGUUCAAGCAGCAUUACCUGAGAACGAGGUGCCCAAGGCGCUCGUCUUGUUGAGCUUUUCUCAGCAGCUAGGAGGGAUUGUGAUAUUGACGGUCGCGCAGAAUGUCUUUCUUGCCGGGCUGGUUCAUGAACUCUCAACGAUUGUACCUGGAGUGGACUCGCGUACGCUCUUAAAUAGCGGAGCCCUAGGAUUGAUCGAUGCUGUACCCCCGCCACUUCGGGAAGAGGCCAUUCUCAUAUACAAUAACGCAAUCAGAGACGUUUUGUAUAUUGCGCUCGGGCUGGCCUGCUUAGUUGCCGUGUGCAGCAUUGGUGUUGAAUGGAAGCCUGUCAAAAAAACCAAAGACAAAGGGUCGUCUUGA